CAACCGCCAAAUAAACCCUAAUCUAGUUAUCUCGUUGGUAGUUAUUAGUUAUACAAUUCUUCGCGAAUCUACUCCCAACUCUUCUUAGCUCCUUUUUUCGAUCUCUGGUCAAGGUUUUCAGAUUUGUCUUCGAUUCCGAAAUUAACAACCCUUACUCUAUUCUGGUCAGAUGCCCCACUGGUUUUUGUGACUUCAAUCUCAAUGGACCCCGAAAGCAAGAAGUUUGGGAAAGGACCCAGGGAACUUACUGGUGCUGUGGAUCUUAUUACCCACUUCAAUUUGUCGACACACCAUGACUUCUUCUGCAAGAGACCACUUCCUUUAUCAAUCGCGGAUACGCACUAUCUUCACCAUGUGGCGGACAACCAAAUAAGGAAAGGAGAAGGAAUGGAAUUGUCUCAGCUCAUGGAGAAUGGAUCAAAUGUGAGAGAUAGACCUGUAAAGAUACGGCCUUUUGAAAUGGAAACCCUCAUUGAGGCGUUUCGCUUCAGCGAAUCAGGCCCCAUUGAUCUACCUUCUGCAGAGAAGGGAACCCCUACUAUUGCAGGGAAGUCCAAAAGUGAGUCCAAGGAUAAGGACAAGAAGCACAAGAAGCACAAGGAUAAAGAUAAGGAGAAGAGUAAGGAGCAUAAAAAGCACAAACAUCGUCACAAGGACCGGAGUAAAGAUAAAGAUUCAGAGAAGAAAAAGGACAGAAGUGGGCACCACGAUUCUAAUGCCGAACACUCGAAGAAGCACCAUGACAAGAAGAGAAAGCAUGAAGGGAGUGAAGAUUUCACUGAAAUACAAAAACACAAGAAAACAUAGGAGCUCAAAGAUUGAUGAGGUGGGUGCAAUAAAAGUUGCAGUAUAACAACUAAUCGUUUUGGUCUUACACAAAUUUUGUCAUCAUAAUUGGUCUUACUGUUGUAACAGCAGAAUUUGUUCGUUACACAGUCAGCAUUCUUUAGAGUAUGAUAUAGAUCUCUCCACAAAACUUACAGUUGUAAAUGGGUUCAGAUGAUAUUAGUCGGCUGUAGAUAGGUUUUAGCUUGUUGUUUUUUCUUUGUCAAAUCUAUUGUUUCUCUUUGUUCAGUUAUGUAAAUUGUUUAAUUUGAUAUGUGAUGGUUUGGCAGUAAUGUUUACUUCAGUAGCAUUCAAGUUGUACGUCAUAGCUAAA